AGAUGUUCCGGAAGCCUCGUGACACGGAGGCUGUUGUGUUCAGUGAGACUUCCCCCUCCCCAGCUGACCGGAGGGGGGGCGAGAAGAGGCGACGCGUUCCAUCCCAACCCGGGGUCUUUCUCCACGCUGCCUCCUACGAGGACCAGCCGCAGGUGGACAUCACCUUUGGCUUUCCAUCCGUCCAGAGGACCGAGGAGACAGAGGAGGAGGCUCCAGCGGCCUCUGAAGAAGCUGUGAGGAAGGAGCAGGUCCGACCUGAGGAGUCCGUCAGCUGUGUCACUGAAAACUUUCAAGCUUUCAUGACGGCUCUGAGUCAGGAGGAGCUGGACGCUGAGGAGAGCCUGCAGGAAGCGGUGGAGCUGGUGUUCGAGAGGGCCGUGCAGAGAGCAGACUCUGCUGCAGUCUCCGCUGAGCUGUGCCAGCGCCUCUCAACAGUGCAAGUCCAAUCCCUGUCCGACCGGUCAGCCAGCGUCUCCUUCAGGUCUCUGCUGGUCAAACACUGCCAGGCAGAGUUCAGGAAGAACUUUGCCAGGGAGGACAUUUCCCAGAAGAGUGUGUCCUGCCUGGAGCCAGUCACGGACGUGAGGGUUACUGAUCGGCUGAGAGAAGAGCGGAACAACGCCAGACCCUCCUGUCACUCCAUCAAUACCAUCAGGUUUAUUGGGGAGCUGUUCAAAUCAAAGGUUCUGGCUGAGAAAGCCAUGCACAGCUGCAUCAGGAGGCUGCUGCAGAACGGAGACGGGCCGUCUCUGGAGAGUCUCUGUGAGCUCCUCCAGCUCAUCCAGCAGGACCUGGAGGGGGUCACGUCCAGGGAGGUGAUGGACUCCUUCUACAACCAGAUGGAGGUCAUCGCAGAGGAAGGGAAGAGGGCAUCAAGGCUCUCCCUUUUGUUGAAGGACACAGUGGAGGAAAGGAAGAGGGCAGGCUCCACUCCCCACAACAUUUAAAUGAAAACUCGUGUUGGAAAUCUACCACCCCCCGUAGAUAGAUGUAAAUAGAUGUUGAUAUAAAGAUAUACUUGUUUUAUUACAAUACUUCUAAAUAUAUUGUAUUUUCAAAGUUUAACUGUUCACUUUUUCCUAACCUGUGUUUUGUAUGAUCCUGAGAAUAAUGA